GAUGUCGCUUCCUUCUGUUUCUAUUCCUAUACAUAUAUCCUCAUGUUUGACGACGAGCUAUCUUCCGUUUCCUCAACAAGCUCAGCGUCUUCUCCUUCGAAGAGAAGGUUUCGUCUACCCCCUCUCACUCGUCGUGAUCCUGUUGGGUACUGCAUAGAUCCUGAUGAACUGAUUGGCAAAAAAUUAAUUCGAAUCUCGCGCUCCUCCGUCCAUCCCAGCCUCACUCUUGAUUUCGACGAUCAUACAUCUGCUCAAGUAUUAGUUGAUGGGUACUCUCCUCGUUGGAAAGGCAUUCCAAAAGCACUCGAAAUGGAUGAAGCCUUCCAGCGCCUCACGAGCACUGGAUUCGUUGGCUUGGAUACUCUCGAGAUUGUUGACUGUGCCAUGAUAAAGCUAUGCGAUAAAGCGUUUCAGCGGAAGCAAAAUGAUGAUCAUAAUUCAACUAUGUGGGACCAGGAACAUGCAGCUAUAGCAUUCAAAUUUUCGGGAGAGAAUCCACAUUGGCAUUGCGUUUGGGCGGUGUUGGCAGAGUACAAUGAAGACAGAACCUGUACAUUCAGAAGCUUUGAGGAUGUCUUUCUAAACUAUCUUCAACGCUCGCCUCGGAAACAAUCUCGGAAGAAUUUGAACAUGGACAAACUGAGAGAUUGAAGAAAUUUAACCUGAUUUGCUGUUGUAUCGUUAUAUACGAACCAGAUAGACUGGAUUCGGACCACUACCCUUGCUAUCGACUGUGCUAUCUCCCUGCUCGUUAUUGAUUUUUGUUUCCUUAUCAACUGCAUAUGUAUACUCUAUCAUCAGGACACAUCUCACCUCGCCUUUAUCUACCUAUGUAUAUGUAUACUAGUAUCUCGUUUACGACUUUCAUCUGACUUCAAUCGGAUCACUAUGCAUAU